AUGGACAAAAGUUGGGCCUCUUUCAAUCCGUUUACAGAGGAUUACAGAACAGGGCUAGCAAAAUUUAUCUCAAACUCAUUGGAAGUUGCUUCUCAUGAGGGGAACAUCAAAUGUCUGUGUGCUAAAUGCUUGAAUAGGUUCUGGUUGAGUAAUAAAGAAGUCGAAGCGCAUCUAAUUGUUGAAGGUAUGGACCGUUCAUACUUGCAAGGCUCGUGGGUAUGGCAUGGAGAGACAUUUGGUGACCCUCUUCCAAGUAGCGAAGCUGCACAACAACUUGCUGCUAUUAAUACUUCUCAUUCUGAACUACGCCCCUUGCUUGAAGAUAUUUUCUCUGGUCCCAGUGUGAUGGGUGGCAUGCCUAUUAAUAAUCACAGCGAGCAGGAAGCUUCAAUACCUGUAUAUGCACGUAAGUUUGAAGCCAUGGUGCAAGAUGCAAAUACGGAAUUAUAUCCGGGAUGUGGUAUGAAGAAAAUGGAUUUUCUAAUACGAGUAUUUCAAAACAAGUGCUUAUAUGGGUGCAGCGAAAGUGCAGUACAAGCUAAUCUUCAGCUUCUCAAACAUAUACUCCCAAAUGGUCAUUCUUUACCGAAGAAGGUGAUGAGUACAAAGGGAUUGCUGAAAAAUUUCAUGUUGCCUUACCAAAAGAUCCAUGCAUGUGAAAAUGACUGCAUGUUGUAUUGGAAACAUAACAGUGGUUUAGAUGUUUGUCCUACAUGUGGUGUGUCUAGAUAUACAACCGAGGUAGAUGACACAGCGCCAAGCAGUAAAAAGAGAAUACCUCGGAAGGUGUUAACAUAUUUUCCUAUUACACCCCGCUUGCAACGGCUUUACAUGUCUCGACACACCAGUGAAGAUAUGUGUUGGCAUGGUCUUUCUCGGCCCGAGGAUGGCUACUUAAGACAUCCAGCUGAUUCCUUUGCAUGGAAGCAAUUAGAUUUGAAAUUUCCAACAUUUGGUGAGGAAAUGCGCAAUGUACGUCUUGGGUUGGCAAGUGAUGGAUUCAACCCCUUCGGAAAAUGCAGCACCGACUAUAGCACAUGGCCAGUAUUGUUGACCAUAUACAAUUUACCACCUUGGUUGUGUAUGAAAUCACCUUUCAUAUUGAUGGCUUUGUUAAUACCGGGCAAAGAAUCUCCGGGAAAUGAUAUUGAUGUAUACCUUCAACCAUUAAUAGACGAGCUGAAGGUAUUGUGGACCUCCGGGGUUCCCACUUAUGAUACGUUUAGGCAAGAGACCUUCACCUUACGAGCAGCUGUUUUGUGGACUAUUAGCGACUUCCCCGCCUAUGGGAACUUGUCUGGUUGGAGCACACAUGGGAAAUUAGCAUGUCCUCAUUGCAACUACAACACCGAGUCGACAUAUCUCAAAAAGGGUAGGAAAUAUUGUUAUAGGGGUCACCGUCGUUUCUUGCCCAUGUCACAUGUUUUUCGUCGACAAAGGAAAGCCUUUAAUCUUUCUGACGAAAGAGAGCAAGCACCUUCCCCUAUGACCGGACGUGAAUGCCUUCGGCGGUUGUCCACUUUACGGUUCAAAUAUGGUAAGACGCCACGGAAACUGGUUGGAGACAAAAGACCACCACCUACACCAACGGUUGGGCCAUGGAAGAAACAUAGUAUUUUUCUUCCAAUUGCCGUAUUGGGAACAUCUUGUCCUUCGACACUGCCUUGA